AUCGUAGCGCUAACCUCUAAAAUUUUGUUACGUGUAAUUUUGGUAACGUAUUUCCUCUGAUACAUGAUACCCUAAACCUCAUAAUUGCAUCAACGUACCAGCCGGUACCAAAUAAUUUGUGAAGUAGUUGUUGAAAUUUUCAGAAAAAUGAUAGAAAAACUUCCGGAGACGAUUAAUUUUCCAAAAGAAGAGGAGAUCAUUUUAGAAUUGUGGAAAAAGUGUGAUACUUUUCAAAACUCUUUGAGGUUGUCGAAAGGAAGACCAAAAUAUUCGUUUUACGAUGGUCCACCGUUUGCCACGGGAUUACCUCAUUAUGGGCACAUACUUGCAGGAACAAUAAAAGAUAUUGUAACAAGGUAUGCUUAUCAAUCUGGUUAUCAUGUGGAAAGAAGAUUUGGCUGGGAUACUCAUGGUUUACCUGUAGAAUUUGAAAUAGAUAAAACAUUAAAUAUAAAAGGUCCUGAUGAUGUUGCUAAAAUGGGUAUAGCGAACUAUAAUAAAGAAUGUCGAAGCAUUGUAAUGAAAUAUGCAACAGAAUGGGAAACGAUUGUAGGUAGAAUUGGCAGAUGGAUAGAUUUCAAAAAUGAUUAUAAAACAUUAUAUCCUUGGUAUAUGGAAUCCAUUUGGUGGAUUUUUAAAGAAUUAUACAAUAAAGAUCUUGUAUAUCAAGGUGUUAAAGUAAUGCCUUUUUCUACGGGUUGUAACACUCCUUUAUCUAAUUUUGAGUCAGGACAGAAUUAUAAAGAUGUUGUUGAUCCUUCUAUAGUUGUAUCAUUUCCUAUAGUGGAUGAACCAGGUGUUUCUCUCCUUGCCUGGACUACUACUCCUUGGACUCUACCCAGCAACCUAGCACUUUGCUGUAAUCCUACCUUUGAAUAUGUAGAAGUUAAAGAUCAUUCAUCUGGUAAUGUUUAUAUUAUAUUAGAGUCAAGUUUAGAACUUGUUUAUAAAUCUAAAGAUUCUUAUACUGUGCAAGGUAAAAGGAAAGGAUGUGAUUUGAAAGGAAAGGUAUAUAAUCCUCCUUUCCCAUAUUUUCAAAAUCUAAGAGAGAAAGGUGCUUUUGUAGUAUUAAAUGAUACCUAUGUCACAGCAGAGACUGGAACAGGUAUUGUUCAUCAAGCACCUUAUUUUGGAGAAGAUGAUUACCGGUGUUGCUUGGAAGCUGGUGUCAUAACGAAAGAUCAGGAAAUCGUAUGCCCAAUUGAUAGUUGUGGAUGUUUUGUAGAACCAGUACAUGAUUUUGUUGGAAAAUAUGUAAAAGAUGCUGACAAGGAUAUCAUUAAAUACCUCCAGAUAAAUAAAAAAUUAAUUCAUAGUAGUACUACUAAACACAGUUAUCCAUAUUGCUGGAGAUCUGAUACACCACUAAUAUAUAAAGCUGUACCCUCGUGGUUUAUCAGGGUAGAAACCAUAAAAGAUAGACUUAUUACAGCAAAUAGUAAUACUUAUUGGGUACCAGAUUAUGUCAAAGAUAAACGAUUUGGUAAUUGGUUAAGAGAUGCUCGUGAUUGGGCUAUUAGUAGAAAUCGAUAUUGGGGUAACCCAAUUCCUUUAUGGAUUUCAGAAGAUGGGCAAGAAAUUGUAUGUGUAGGAAGUAUAGCAGAAUUGGAGGAAUUGACUAAUACAAAAGUAACAGAUAUUCAUAGAGAAAGCAUAGAUCAUUUAACUAUACCAUCAAACCGACCAGGAUGUCCACCUUUACGACGAGUACCUGAAGUAUUUGACUGUUGGUUUGAAUCUGGAUCAAUGCCAUAUGCACAAAUGCAUUAUCCUUUUGAAAAUCGGAAAGAAUUUGAAGAGAAUUUUCCAGCUGAUUUUAUUGGAGAAGGUAUUGAUCAAACUCGUGGAUGGUUUUACACUUUAUUAGUUAUAUCAACAGCUCUUUUUGGGAAAGCUCCAUUUAAAAAUCUAGUAGCUAAUGGUUUGAUACUUGCAUCUGAUGGGCAAAAGAUGUCUAAACGUAAAAAAAAUUAUCCAGAUCCUGUGGGAAUUGUUAAUAAGUAUGGAGGAGAUGCUCUUCGUUUGUACUUAAUUAAUUCUCCUGUUGUAAGAGCAGAAAAUUUGCGUUUUAAGGAAGAAGGAGUUAGGGAUAUUAUAAAAGAUGUGUUCUUGCCUUGGUACAAUGCAUUUAGAUUCUUAAUGCAAAAUAUUGAAAGAUUUGAAAGAGAAGAAAAAAUUAAUUUUAUAUAUGAUGAAUCUAAAAAAAUAUGUUCAAAUAAUAUAAUGGAUAGAUGGAUUUUAUCUUUUACACAAACAUUAUUACAAUUUUUUAAACAAGAAAUGCGUGCUUAUAAGUUAUAUACUGUAGUACCUCACUUGAUAAAAUAUAUAGAUAAUCUUACCAACUGGUAUGUAAGAAUGAAUAGGAAACGUAUAAAGGGAGAUGGUGGUGCAGCUGAUUGCCAACAAGCUUUGUCAACUUUGUUUUCUGUUCUUUAUAUAAUGGUUCGCGUAAAUGCGCCAUUUACACCAUUUUUAACAGAAUUCAUGUUCCAACGAUUAGUUAAAUUACUUUCAGUAUCUGAAACUAACAUGGAUAGUGUUCAUUAUCAAAUGAUACCAGAAUCUAAUUUACAAUUAAUAGAUGAAAAGAUUGAAAAGGCUAUAUCUUAUAUGCAAACUAUAAUUGAACUAGGACGUGUUAUCAGGGAUAGGAAAACAAUUCCUGUUAAAUAUCCAUUACCAGGAAUUGUAGUAAUUCAUCAAGAUGCUGAAGUAUUAAAAGAAAUAGAAUCUCUGAAAUCAUAUAUUCUAGAAGAACUUAAUGUAAAAGAAUUAACUGUUACUACAGACAAGGAGAAGUAUGGUGUUAAAUUGAGAGCAGAACCAGAUCAUAAAAUACUUGGAGCCCGCCUUAAAGGAGAAUUUAAAUCUGUUACUCAAGCUAUUAAAGAGCUUUCUGAUGAAGAAUUACAAGUGUUUAUUGCAAAGAAAGAAAUUACUGUCCAAGGUCAUAAAUUGGAAGAACAAGAUUUACGACUGAUGUUUAGUUUUACAGGACCAGCAGCUGAACAAUUGUGUAAACAAUAUGAGGCUCAUAGCGAAGGAAAUAUUUUAAUAUUGCUAGAUGUUACUCCUGAUGAAAGCAUGCACAAUGAAGGAGUGGCAAGAGAAGUAAUCAAUAGGAUUCAAAAACUGAGAAAGAAAGCUCAAUUAGUUCCAUCAGAUGAAGCCAUUGCAUAUUAUGAAAUACAAGAUCAAGAUAGUAAUUUGGCAAAAGUAAUUAUCAGUCACAAAGAUUUUAUCGAAAAUGCAACUAAAACUCCACAAGAGAAUAUAUCAAAAAUGCCAAAUAAUGCGAAUGUAAUUAUAGAAGAAAUGCAAAAGAUUAAAGGCAUUGACAUGAAACUUGUCUUAGUAAAAACUAAAAUAGAUAAAAUUGAAAAUAACAAAAUAAAUGUGGAACCUUUUUUAAAAUAUGUAAACAUUGAACUUAUAGGUAUAAAGCCAAGAUUUGGAGCAACUAGCUGUGUAGGAACUGUAUUGUUAGAAACUCCUAAUUCAUUAGUUCCUAUUUCUUACAAACAAUUAAAACACGAAAUUGAGUUAAUAUUCGGUAUUUAUGAUUGCGCUUAUAAUUUACACAUCGACAAUAAACCAGUAUCAGAGGAAACAAAUAUUUUAUCAUUACAUAAACAAAUAAUAAAAGUAAUGAAAAUAGGUUUUGCUGAAACUGAAACAUCUACAGUAUUAAAACAACCAAUUUGUAAUUUUAUUAAUAUCAGUAGCACGUUAGGGAAAGGUACUAUUCUCCUGGAAAAUCCAAAAGGAAAUUUUUGUUUGAAUAAUACAACGUUAAAAGAACAAUUAAAUAUGUUCUUUAAUAAACUAAGUGUUUCUGAACCUAUACCUAAAGUGCUAAGCGAUUUAUGUGGGAAGACGCUGCAAUUAAGUUAAUUUCUAUUUAAAAGCGAUUUUUCAUUAAUUAUUUAUCUUUUAUUCUACGUACCUCAUUUUUAAAAUGUUUUUCAAGGUUUAAUAAUUCCAUUUAAAUUUAAAUUAAGGUUGGUACGAAAUACAUUAUAAAUCAUACAUUGCAUAUUUAAAUAUUAAUUCUGGAUUGGUGGUAACUUUAUUCAUGUAUUAUAUUUAUUUAUUUUAUAUAAGACUUUAUAACUUGUUCAGUUUUUAUAAAGAACAGUAUGUAAUUGCAACAAUUUUAUAAUUAAGAAAUAAACGAUUAUUAUAUUAUAAACCA